AUGGCAAAGAAACUGGUUGCUGCCAAGACCGCCAAGGUCACUAAACCAGAGAAGCCCAAGAAGGCUACCACGGCAAAGAAGGAGAAGGCUGUUAAGGCUAUCAAGGCAAAGCCACCAACGGUAAAGUCGGUGAAGCCAAAGGCUGCUACCAAGAAAGUCGCGAAGACCACCAAGACUACCAAGGCGAAACCAAAGACAGAGAAGAAGGCGGAAAAGACAAAGGCGACAAAACCAAAGGCGGAGAAGACGAAGGCUGUGAAGACGGAAAAGAAGACCAAGACUGCAAAGAAUGCAAAGCCUGUGAAGAAAGAGACUAAGAAAGAAACUAAGAAACCCGCAGCGAAAGUUACCAAACCAGUCACGAAAGCGAAAGCUACAAAGGCUGCCAAAGUUGUGAAGCCAAAGACCGCAAAGGCUGCUGCCAAGAGCGGAAAGGUCACCAAGCCUAAAGCCAGAAAGUGA